CACACACACACACACACACACACACACACCUCUAAGUCUCUCAGUUUUUUUUUCCUCUCAAGGGCUGCAGUCCCUCCCAAGGAGGGGACUGGCUAACAGAUCUUCCAAGGAAACAGUCUGUCAGGUCCCUCUGAGUGUACACAAGCUCACUCAGAGAGAGGAGAGAGGGGAAGCCAGAGGGAGAGGGGGAGAGGGGAUCUGUUGCAGGCAGGAGAAGGCGUGACCUGAAUGGAGAAUGCCAGCCAAUUCCAGAGACACACAGGGACCUCAGAACAAAGAUAAGGCAUCGCUGACACCACACCGGGGACUGGGAAGAGCUCACAGACAAGUCGGGCAGAAGGGACCAAAGCCGGGAGCACACAAGGCAGGAAAAUGAGGUUCCUGUCUUUCCGGCGGCUCCUUCUCUACCAUGCUCUGUGCCUCGCCCUGUCAGAGGUUUCAGCCCAUACGGUGGAGCUAAAUGAAAUGUUUGGUCAGAUCCAAUCCCCUGGCUAUCCAGAUUCCUAUCCAAGUGACUCGGAGGUGACCUGGAAUAUCACUGUCCCGGAGGGGUUUCGGAUCAAGCUUUACUUCAUGCACUUCAACUUGGAAUCCUCCUAUCUUUGUGAAUAUGACUAUGUGAAGGUAGAAACAGAAGACCAGGUGCUGGCAACCUUUUGUGGCAGGGAGACCACCGAUACCGAGCAGACCCCCGGCCAGGAAGUGGUUCUAUCGCCUGGCUCCUUCAUGUCUGUCACUUUCCGGUCAGAUUUCUCCGAUGAGGAACGAUUCACAGGGUUUGAUGCCCACUACAUGGCUGUAGAUGUGGAUGAGUGCAAGGAGAGGGAAGAUGAAGAGCUGUCCUGUGACCACUACUGCCACAACUACAUCGGCGGCUACUACUGCUCCUGCCGCUUUGGCUACAUCCUCCACACAGACAACAGGACCUGCCGAGUGGAAUGCAGCGGGAAUCUCUUUACCCAGAGGACAGGCACAAUCACCAGUCCCGAUUACCCCAACCCUUACCCCAAGAGCUCCGAAUGUUCCUAUACCAUUGACCUGGAGGAGGGCUUCAUGGUCAGCCUGCAGUUUGAGGACAUUUUUGACAUUGAAGACCAUCCUGAGGUGCCCUGCCCCUAUGACUACAUUAAGAUUAAAGCUGGUUCAAAAGUAUGGGGGCCCUUCUGUGGAGAGAAAUCCCCAGAACCAAUCAGCACCCAGAGUCACAGCAUCCAGAUCCUAUUCCGCAGCGACAACUCAGGAGAGAACCGAGGCUGGAGGCUCUCCUACAGGGCGUCAGGAAAUGAGUGCCCAAAGCUACAGCCUCCUGUGUAUGGGAAAAUUGAGCCCUCGCAGGCUGUGUAUUCCUUCAAAGACCAAGUGCUCAUCAGCUGUGACACAGGCUACAAAGUGCUAAAGGAUAACGAGGUGAUGGACACGUUCCAAAUUGAGUGUCUGAAGGACGGGGCAUGGAGUAACAAGAUCCCCACCUGUAAAAUUGUAGACUGUGGAGUUCCAGCUGGGCUGGAGCAUGGGCUGGUGACCUUCUCCACAAGAAACAACCUCACCACAUACAAAUCAGAGAUAAGAUACUCCUGCCAGCAGCCCUAUUACAAGAUGCUUCACAAUAUCACAGGUGUAUAUACAUGUUCUGCUCAUGGGACUUGGACAAACGAAGUGCUCAAGAGAAGCCUGCCCACCUGCCUUCCAGUGUGUGGGCAACCCUCCCGCGCCCUGCCAAACCUGGUGAAGAGAAUCAUCGGAGGUCGGAACGCUGAACUUGGACUCUUCCCAUGGCAGGCCCUCAUAGUAGUAGAAGACACGUCAAGGGUACCAAAUGACAAGUGGUUUGGGAGUGGGGCCCUGCUCUCUGAAUCGUGGAUACUCACGGCAGCCCACGUACUGCGUUCCCAGCGCAGAGACAACACAGUCAUACCUGUCUCCAAGGAACAUGUCACCGUCUACCUGGGCCUUCAUGAUGUUCGGGAUAAAUCAGGAGCUGUCAAUAGCUCUGCUGCCCGAGUGGUACUCCAUCCUGACUUUAACAUCCAGAACUACAACCAUGACAUAGCUCUGGUCCAGCUGCAGAAGCCUGUGCCCUUGGGAGCCCACGUCAUGCCCGUCUGUCUACCGAGACCUGAGCCUGAAGGUCCAGCCCCUCACAUGUUGGGACUGGUAGCUGGCUGGGGCAUCUCCAAUCCUAAUGUGACAGUGGAUGAGAUCAUCAUCAGUGGCACACGGACCUUGUCAGAUGUCCUCCAGUAUGUCAAAUUGCCUGUGGUGUCACAUGCUGAAUGCAAAGCCAGUUAUGAGUCUCGUUCAGGCAACUACAGUGUCACAGAGAACAUGUUUUGUGCCGGCUACUAUGAAGGUGGCAAGGAUACUUGUCUUGGGGAUAGUGGUGGGGCCUUUGUCAUCUUUGAUGAGAUGAGCCAGCACUGGGUAGCCCAAGGCCUGGUGUCCUGGGGAGGACCUGAAGAAUGUGGUAGCAAGCAAGUAUAUGGAGUCUACACAAAGGUUUCCAACUAUGUGGACUGGUUAUGGGAGGAGAUGAACUCCCCGACGGGUGUCAUGGAGCUCCAGGUAGAACGGUGAAGGCAAAUACUUCUUGGGGCCUGCUACCCUGCCCCAGGUCAAGUGAGGUUGCACCACACACUGCCAACAGCAUAUUCCAUGAUACUUACCAAACCAAAUAAACUGCAGCACACUCAUGUUCCUGAGAUAGCCCCAACCCCCAAGACUGGGGUUAGCAUUAUGCAGGGGCAAUCUCUAGGCAAGAGAAUUCAGUCCAAAGCUUCAACCAAGCCUCCUUCCUCUCUCUUAGCCUCUCCUCUCCAGUGGGUGAGCUUUCCGGAAGGCUUGGAUCCUCUCUAAAUGUCAAUCACUCCUAAUCACUUUUCAAGGCUGUGGAGCCCAGUGUUGAUGUAAGAAAGCUUGGUCCUGAUCAUUAAGAAAGGACUCCUUCAACUGAAGUCUGUAUCCAUGUAUUUGCCCAUCUCUGGUUUCUAGGCUUGCACUAAGACUGGUUCUUCAUCUAGGAAAUAACAGUUCAGGCUUGGGGGACCAAGAGCAGAGUCGAGAUGUCCUUCAGAGAGCAGUGUCUGGGAGCACUUUUGUUCCUGGGACUUCUCUUAAAAGCUUCCUGCAGUGCAGAGCUUGUGCCUUGUGCCCUCCAUUAGUUUCAGACAACCAAGAGGAUACUACAAGGGCUCUGUUGACUGAAGGAGCAGAGUGGCAGCAGCUCUCCUACACCCUGCAGCACUGCUGUCCACUCAGAACACAGCGGGGGCUCCACGUGCCACUCAAAUACCAGUGGGUACCGUGAAGUGCCCACUGCCACUCCACACAAACACAGAGCAACCUUCCAGCCCUGGGAAGUGUCACCUACAGAAGACCUGCCCCCAGCCAUGUGUAUGGAGACUGGUGACUACUUGAAGAAAGAGAAGACAGCCCCACUGUGCCCCACUGUGCCCCAUUGCUUCUCAGCAGGAAAACAGAAGAAAAUAUGAGCACAAGACUUGGCAGGUCACUCCAAUAUUUGAGAUUCUAUUCAACCCAGAGCCUAAGCUCAGUGGAGAAUCUACCAAGUGGCAAACUCCAACCCACCUAUCCCUUGGGGUUCUGGAGGGUCAAGGUCAAGGGACAGAAUCUCACCCAUUGGAGAGAGACAAAGAGUCCUGGAAUUCUGUCCUUAGCUCUAUCUUCAGCUGCCCAUAUGGCCUUUGUCAUCAUUUUCUCCUCAUCUGGAAGGGGAAAUCAGAAGGUCCCAUCGGGUCUGACCAGCACUCUCAACAGGCACUUCCCUGAUUGCUAGCAGCAUCUGUGGCUCUCACAGGCUGAGUAUUCACUAUACCAGGACUCUCCAUCAGACAAAAGCAGCUGGAAAGGCCCGGAGAGGGAAUGUGGAGGGAACUGGGAAGGGCCGUCAAAACACACUCCGCUAUCUAUGAAUGGCACAUGUAAAGGACACUAUAGUUUGUAUAUUUAAUGUCAUGGGCUCUGCUACUCUAUAAGGACCUCUGCACUCUGUUUCUCUUGUCAGGAGUCUACAGUGGCAAUAAAUCUAUGAUUAGCCAACAA